AUGUUAAGGAUAAGCAAGAUGUGCUAUGGGGUACUGGCAAAAGCUGGUUACCGUACUGCUACAUCUAAACCAAUAGAAUUCUUGCCAUCUCACUUGGUGGUUCAGAAACCUUAUGAUUUCCACGCAAUUCAUACAAAUUAUGGAUGGUUCAUAAUUCCGAAACCAUAUUAUGCAUAUAGAUGGACCACUCUGAACAUCCACAAAGCUAUAGAAGAUAGAUAUCCCGAUAUUAAAGAUGUUCCAAGGUCCCACGAAAUGUUACAAAAAGUUGUAGAUGAUUGGGGCCAAACGGUAGACUUAAGUACCAAGCCAAUAACGACAAAGACCACAAGAGCAGAUAUUAAAAAACAAAAAGACGAUGCAUUAUAUAGAACACAGUUGAAAGAGGAUAUGCCGUCUUUGGUUACGCCUUCAAAGCAAACGACAGUGCCAAAAAAGCGAUCCAGGUUGGGAACUGUGACGUUUAUCCACGCUUGGAACUACUAUUUUUCUAUAACACACCCAAAAUACAGUCACCUCGAUAAAAAGGAGUCAAGAAGAGAAAUUGCUAAUGAAUGGAAUGCUAUGACUACAGAAGAGAAGGACGAUUAUCGUGAGGCAUAUGCUAAUUUGCUUAAUGACGGGAAGGAUAUUCACAAGGGAAAGAUUGUAUCCCGAGAAGAAAAGCUUAAGAAGCAGUUUAAAAAGAAGAAAAGCGAUGACAAAUAG